AUGCCUUUCCCUUCCCUGCGGGCUGCACAGCUUAAAAACCUUGGGGCCCGGCGACCACCACCCAGGAAAAUCAUCAUGGGCCUGUCUUUGCACAACGAUGUUCAGCUGAAGAAAUCAGAGAAUGCCUGGAAACCAGGCAUGAAGAGGGAAAGCCUCCCAGCGGAACCAGAGUCCAACAAAACACAGGACCUGUUCAAGAAGGUUCGCAGCAUCCUGAACAAGCUGACGCCGGAGAAGUUCAGCCAGCUGGUGAAGCAGGUGUGGGACCUGACCAUCGACACUGAGGAGCGGCUCAAAGGAGUCAUCGACCUGGUGUUUGAAAAGGCCAUCGACGAGCCCAGCUUCUCGGUGGCCUACGGGAACAUGUGCCGCUGCCUCGCCACGCUCAAAGUGCCCAUCACUGACGCUCCCAACAACACAGUGAACUUUCAAAAGCUGCUGUUAAGCCGCUGCCAGAAAGAAUUUGAGAAAGACAAGGUGGAUGAUGUGGUGUUUGAGAGGAAGCAGAAGGAGCUGGACUCUGCUGCAUCGACGGAGCGUGACCGACUUCAGGUAGAGCUGCAGGAGGCCAAGGACAUUGCCCGGCGGCGAUCCCAGCCGCCGGGCAACAUAAAGUUCAUUGGUGAACUGUUCAAGCUAAAGAUGCUAACGGAGGCCAUCAUGCAUGACUGCGUGGUGAAGCUGCUGGGGAACCACGACGAAGAUUCCCUGGAGUGUCUCUGCAGACUGCUCACCACCAUCGGCAAGGACUUUGAUUUAGUGAAGGCCAAGCCUCGGAUGGAUCACUAUUUUAAGCAGAUGGAAAAAAUCACCAGAGAGGGGAAGACGCCUUCACGGACACGGUUCAUGUUGCAGGAUACCAUAGACCUGAGAUUGCACAAAUGGGUGUCAAGAAGAGCCAACCAGGGUCCAAAGACAAUUGAUCAGAUCCACGAGGAGGCAAAGCUUGAAGAGGAAGAGGAGCAGAGAAAAGUGCAGCAGCAACUGUACUUCAAGGACACCAGGAGACGGCCAGAGCAGAGGGAGCAGAGAGAGCAGAGAGAUCCGGAAGUACAGGGAGAGGAGACCUGGAACACUGUGCCCAUGAGGAAGAAUGGCAGGACCAUCGACCCCAACAAGAUCCCAAAGAUCUCCAAGAUGGACGAGAAGAUCCAGCUGGGCCCCCGGGCUCAAGUCACAUGGGUGAAGGGCAGCGGUGGAGGAGCCAAGGCCAAUGACUCAGAACUUUCACGCACAGCGGUCCUCAACCGCUUCUCGGUGCUGCAGUUCGACCCCUCACCUCAACCCUCCACCACUCCUCCACAGAACCCAGACUUCGACGCCGGGACAACUCACGGAAGUCGUAGCAGUACAGAAAAAAAGUGCAGCAACAAGCCGCUGAUCUCUGCACCGAAAGUCACCGAGGUCGAAUCUGAGCCAGAGCGUAGCAGAGUCCGAGAGCCUGUGAAACCUGAGCCUGUCCAGACGAUAGAGGAACCUGCUCGGUCUGAGGAGGAGAUCAAGAGGAAGUGCAAGUCCAUCAUCGACGAGUUCCUGCACCUUAAAGAUUUCAAGGAGGCUGUCCAGUGUGUGGUGGAACUUGAUCUGGGCUCUCAGUCGCACAUCUUCAUACGCGUGGGGGUGGAGUCGACUCUGGAGCGCAGUCAGAUCACACGGGACCACUUGGGCCAGCUCCUCUUCCAGCUGGCGCAGAAGGGAAUCCUGCCCAAACCCCAGUUCUACAAAGGGUUUGCAGACACGCUGGAGCAAGCGGACGACAUGGCCAUCGACGUUCCCCACAUCUGGCUGUACCUGGCCGAGCUGCUCAGCCCUGUGCUGAAGGAGGGGGGCUUCUCUAUGAGAGAGCUCUUUAGUGAAUUAAGCAAACCUUUGCUUCCUGUGGGAAAAGCUGGGAUCUUGAUCUCUGAAAUACUGCUCAUACUAUGCAAACAAAUGGCCCAUCGUACUGUGGCUUCUCUGUGGGAAGAAUCCGGCCUCAACUGGACUGACCUUCUGCCGGAGGAAGAGGAAGUCCAGGCUUUCAUCUCACAACAGGUCAGUGAUGAAGAUGAUGCGCCAAACAUGCAGGCUUUGAACAGCCUUGCAGAGUCAGAGACUGAGCUGGAGACAGCCGCCGUUGAGCCUUCUCUCAUGCCCCCCCCUUCACUACAGCGGCAAGCCUCUAGUCCUGCUUACAGAGAGGCCUCCUCUGAAACUUUGCCUGCUGACACCACUCCUCAACAGAACCCCAACUUCGACGCCGGGACAACUCUGGGAAGCCGUACAGGCAGGAAGCGCAGGAAGAACAGAAAGCGCAGCGCAAAGCCGCUGAGCUCUGCAUCGUCUCAGCCGGAUCUGUACACCAGGGGAAGCAGCUCAAAGGAGCUGCUGGAGAGUCCAACCCUGGAGGAGCCGCCAAGAGACAGCGAGCCAGAGGGAGCAGUGCCUAGGAGACCGAAUGUCUCAGAGCACAAACCUGAGCCAGAGGGCAGCAGUGUCUCUAGUCCUGCUUACAGAGAGGCCUCUUCUGAAACUUUGCCUUCUGACACCACUCCUCAACAGAACCAAGACUUCGACGCCAAAUGUGUGAAGGAGAACCUGGCUGAAUCUCACCUGAGCUCGUCUCCCUACCUGAGGGCGUUGAUGACGGCUGUGUGUAAGGCAGCAGUGAAAAAUAACACCAACUGUCGAGUGCACACGGCCCUCAUUCAAAAGAGAUUACCUGUAUUGCUCCAGUACCGGAACUCAGAGAGUGAGCGACAGCUGCAUGCUCUUCAGGAACUUCAGUCGCUGAUCGUCGCCCUCGAUCAUCCUCCAAACCUCCUCCAGAUAUUCUUCGAGUGUAUGUACGACGAGGACGCAUUCUGCAAGUCGGGGACAAGAAAAGACCCGGCCAAUCAGCUGGAUAAGGGCGUGGCCCUGAAGACCGUCACAGCCUUCUUCACCUGGCUGCGGGAGGCGGAGUCAGAAGACAAUUGACGAGAUUGGAUUCCAAACUCGUCAAUUUGGAAUUUUUCUUUUUCUUUUGCAA